UCGCUGCGUUUGUUUGGAGUUCGCUGCGUUUGUUUGGAGUUUAGAUUCGCAAUUUACAUUUUUAUCUUAAAAUACUUCCUCAUUCACUAAAUAUUUAUCUCUCCUACUUGGGGUGAACAACCCCCCUAACACACUCAUACAAACAAAUCUACUUUUAAACGUUCUGUUUCUCGAGCAUCCGCUUGGUGUUUGUAGCUUUAGCCUGCUAGCACCGCUGGUCAGCUAAAGCUACCAACCCCUUUCACACAUUUAUUUUCUCACUUUCUGGCUUUGCUCUUCACCUUGUACAAUGUCGCUUGCGUGUCUGUCCUUGAGUGCAGGAGAGGCAUCGAUGGAGGCGCUGGAGCUGGAGCUGGAAGCGGUGGAGUCCCAGAUUCGCUCGCUGGAGACGAAGCGAGAGGGCAUCAGGGCUCUGCUCUUAACCCGUACUCGCUCGUCUGAGGUAAGUGUCCGAUACAACGACAAUCUCCCAGUUUCUUCAACCCCGCGUGUUUCUCUGUCCAGGCCCAGCGCACCGAGGACGCGGUGCACCCAGGCGUCGUUCACGCCGACUCCCGGCUACCACGGCCCCUGGGUGCAACCGCGUAAGGUGCUUGCCAGGUCCCGGGGCAGAACGUCUCCUCCUCCGGUGUUCGAGAUCCCCACGGAGAACCGCUUCGCCCCUCUCCGCGAGACGGGUCGCGAUGUUGCCAUCAUUGGCGACUCAAUCGUCCGCCACGUCCGCUCCACUUCCUCCAAAGGUAACAAAGUACGCACUUUCUGCUUCCCUGGUGCCCGAGUUAAGAAUAUUUCUGCACAGAUACCUACUAUCCUGAGCGCUGCCGAGAGCCUCGGUGCCGCCGUCCUCCACGUGGGGACGAACGACACCGGGCUCCGGCAGACGGAGAUCCUGAAGAAGGACUUCAGGAGCCUGAUCGAGACGGUUCGACGCACUUCGCCCGCCACGCAGAUCAUCGUUUCUGGACCGCUUCCUACCUACCGCCGAGGAAAUGAAAGGUUCAGUAGACUUUUUGCUCUGAAUGAAUGGCUAUUAACAUGGUGUGAAGAACAGAAAUUGCUCUUUGCCAAUAACUGGAAUCUUUUCUGGGAGCGUCCUAGGCUUUUCCGCGCUGACGGGCUGCACCCCAGUCGAGCUGGAGCUGAACUCCUGUCGGACAACAUCACCAGAAUACUUCGCUCUAUCUGACUAGCCCUCAGACUAUGCAGAGUCACUGAUUCGAUCCAAGACCAACGACGAGAUGAUCCCAAGGUUUCCAUAUCCUGGACCUGGCCGAAUCCUGAACAACUACUGCGAUGGUCAUGGAAGAGUGGAGAACAUGAGACUGUUUCCUAUGACGCUCCAGAGACAGACGAGUCUUCGCUGAGGCCAGCUUCCAGCCUCCGCCACUGAGACUGCAGCUCUGCACAAGACGUUUGGCCAGCGGAGAAAUUAAAAUGGUCGUGCCCAACUGAGCCUGGUUUCUCUCAAGGUUUUUUUUCUUCACUUCCGCCUUUAGUGAAGUUUUUUUUUCCCUCUCCGCUGUCGCCACUGGCUUGCAUGGUUCAGGAUCUGUAGAGCCGCGCAUCGUUGGAUUUGCUCUUCAGUGUUUGGACUCUCAGUAGUGAUUAUUAAACCACACUGAACUGAGCUAAACUGAACUGAACUUAAACACUACAAACUUAACUACACUGUUCCUAUUUACUGUGACCUUUUAUGUGAAGCUGCUUUGACA